AUGUCCUUCUCAAGAAACCGCCGUCCGCGUCGCCCCGUCAUCGAACCCAUCCAAACGGGGCACGCAAAUCUCGUGUACAGAUCCCAAAUAUUCUCUAGCCGGAGACUCAGCCCUUUGUCGGGCGUCGUCUCAACAGAGGUCGCUUCUCUCGACUCGGUCGUGUCCGGUGGUUGCCGCACGAGGAGGGAGAUGCGGUUCGUGGAGAAGCAAGCUUUACACAGGCUGCAUAUACCAGGGACCGCACCUAAUGUGACGAGACAGGCAAAUGUAGGCUUUCAUCCUGCUUACUUUGGGCCAUACGUUCGGCGGCCAUCCAUUGCCGUCGAGCCGCCUUCUUCUGCAAGGAGUCAUCAUCACAUUCCCGCAAGUCGAGGUGACACCUCUUUGCCUUGUUCGCCUACUACUCUUCGCAUGGCGCUUUCUGUCACUCUGUCAGCCAACUACACGCCGACAUCUCCCUCUUGUGAAUCCGAUAUUCGACGGAGGCAUCUUGCGGAUAUUCAACGAGCACGCCUAGAACUCUGGCGGCAAGGAACCCAAAAAUUCGGCCGCCUCGAAGAUGCAUACGUGUUUGUCAGGCCGCUACCACUCGGAAGAUACCAUGGCAACAUCAGAUCGCCGUCGAUAGAUCCAGUCUCGCCAUGCACUGUGUCUCCUUCUUCGCCAUUGCCAUCUCCUACCUUGCCAUCUCCAGCUUCGACACUGUCGAGACGGUUGUCUGUUCGAGCUAUUGUCCUUUCAAAGUCACACCCGCCCAUUGGCUUGAAGCGUGACUUUGACUUGGAUGCCUUGAGAGCAACAAUUCCAGAUCCUCUGCCCUCUCCUCGGUCGCCCAACUUUAAUGCCGAGGCACUGUUGUCCAUUUUGGAGCCAUUGAACAGAGAACAAAGGUCGUCCUCUUCUCCAGAUUCCGACUCCGCCAAUGCAAGCAAUAACAAAAACGGUCAUGAGGAUGGAGAACAAGGGAGUGAUGGAGACUCAAGAAUGAGUGUGGAAACCAUAGAUUCUCCCCAGCCCCGUAAGAGUCCAAGAGUCUCGGCUCAACCUACUGUUGUGCCCAUCCAUGUUCAAUACGCACGGGCACAGUUACCAGCGUUAGCCGCCAUCAUCAUGUCGGAUCGAGUGCGACGAGGAGAUACGAUAGAGCUGGCAUUGCCUCAUCCGCAGGUAUGGCCUGAGACGGCAGCAUAUGUCUACACUGGAGAGGCACAGCUUCUUACGGAGCAGACCAAGGAGAAUAUCCUAUAUCUGGGUGGAAAGAUCUAA